AUGGAAAUCAUUAGGGAAGCGAAAGGGAGCGCCGCCGCAGGCGCCGGUGCUGCCGGUGGGAUGAAAUUUCAAUCAUCAGGAGAACCGGACCCGGAAGAGAUCGUGGACGAGUUCGAUUUGAUGGACGCCGAGGAACGCGAAGAGGUGUUCUCCGGAACGUCUCACACCGUGUCGUGGCGGAAGGCUCGGGCCUACCUGUGUGCCGUCCUAACCGCGAGGUGGCGAUGCGGGACCAAGAGUCGAGUGUACCGCCACCGUCGUUCACAGGAUGCGAGGACGCCGGCAUUGGCAUCGCCGGCAGCGGCACCCGCCACGAACGCUGUGCGCCCAGCGGAUUCUUCCGGCCCGGAGCCUAGCGACAUUGAAGCCGGGCGCGCCGCAGGGGAAGCAUGUCGAAGGUCAGCCGAGCCCAGUCCCGGAGAGCCUGCUGCGAGAAGCAGCGACCAAGGCCGGGUGACCUCGAGCGAUGUCAAGUCUGGAAGUAGGGAUCAGGGUUUCAUUCCAUUCGCCUCAUGGCGGCGGCGGCGGCGGUCUGGUGGUGCGGGGUCGGGAUGGAAUAGUAGUGGUUUGAUGGACUGGAGUGUGGCGCGGUGGCGUAAUCUGUGUACUCGCGGCGGGACGGCGGCUGCCGGGGAACAACAGGAUGACGUCGAUGCCGGGGGACAACAACACCAGACGCUACGGCAGCACCGGCGACAGCGGCGCCGAAAGCAGUGGUGUCAGGAUAGCUUCUUGCCCGUGCCGAUGUUGGGGUGCGGUCUAGUCGAGCGCCUCGGUGCCGUCACGACGCUUUGCAUGCUGGACGAGGACACGGUAUGCGAGCCAACCUCAGCCAUCAAGGAGGUUUUCCUGGUAGACUCCAAGGCCAACGACGCCGGUGUCAGCACUACCGGGACCGUCCUGGACAUGCACACCCAGCAGGGCAAGAAAGGGGUUCGCUUCGAAGACCCGCACUGGUGGACCCACCUCCCUGCCCUCAAGCCUAUCGGCCUUACCUGCUUGCUUGCCGAGAAGAAUUCGGAGCAACCUCGGCAGCAAUUCAAGAGGAGAUCCGUUCCCAGCAGCCCUGAUCUUGCCGAAGGCCGUUCCACUCAGUCUACCCAAACGUGA